GGCGGGCUUUGGACGCUUACAUAUUCUUGCAGGGGGAGAUUCAUCUCUUACAAUAAAAAUAUUUGCCAAAUAGAAGUAAAAUAGAACAACAUUUGUAUAUUUUCGUAUAUAAAUAAUUAUGUAUUUUUGAGAAAAUAGUUUGAAUUUAAUUCCUGUCUGUGAUAUUAAAAUGAAAUAAAUUAUUAAUUUGAGAACACCCCUAUAAUUGAGGAACAUGCCACAUUUGUGGGCGGCGCAAUAACUUUACGCGCUUAUUUACAUAAAAAAGCGCCAAAUAUAAAUCAUCCUUUGUAGUGUUUCAAUACUGAAAAUGUUCAAUUGGAAAGACAUUUAAUUUAAACGUCAAUAUGAAUUAAUUGCAGUAUGAAUGUUUUGCAGCUUUCGUGUGUCUUCACAUCAUGCAUUUUGCCAUAUACAAGUCUACCAUAAGUCUUCCAAAUGCAUUUCAUAAUGGCACUAAACGAACAUAUACAUGUUGAUGUUAUCACGUUUUUAUAUCACUAAAGAGAUAGAUUUGUUUAUUUAGUCUAUAGUCUUUUAUCCGUUGUGAAAUAUGAUAUGUCGUUGCAAAGGCAUAGAAAAUGAGUCUGCAUUAUAAAUCAAUACGCGCACACAUGUCUUUGUUUUGUUUUUCUUCCCGUACAAUCGUGUUCCCGCGAGAUCUCGUGAGAUUUCAUAGGUAUGAUUGAGUGUAAUUUUAAGGGUUUGUAUAUUGGCUACUUUUGUUUAUUUAUUUAUUUUAGCGUCUGUGUUCAUAUUUUAAAGUGACUUAGUGCAUGUACUAAGAAACUCGCUAUAUAAGUAAUUAUCCUGUCUAGUAUAGGUCAUUUAUUAAUGACUUAUCUAUUAUUUUUAUUAUUAAAAAUAAAAAAUAAUAGACAUUGCCGUAUUUCAGAAAACGUCAAACGUUAAGCACAACGCCUCCCAUUAUGUCACAUGGAUUUCAUAUGGUAGCACGAUGUCCCUCGACCUUCUAUCCAGACAGUGUGGUUUGCUCUUGAGAAAGCUGCAGUAAAGCACUCCUGCUGCCUGUCUGACAGGCAGAAACUGACCGACUUCCAACUCAGGGAAUUGUCUCCUUUCCAAUCUGAAUGGGGUGAUUCUAUCUUUCCUAGAAAAGUCUUCCCAAAGCAGUAGCAGUCAAAGGAAGUUGUUUCUCAAUCAUUUCUAAGUGAACAAAAGCGCUCUCAAUACCAUGGCUGAUGUGAGCCAGAACAGCUCCUCAAAUCAAAGCUCAGACCAUGGAGACGUCUUCAGGCCGCAGACCGUGUUCAGCGUCCUGACGUUCACCUUGCUCGCCAUGCUUGUGGUAGCUACGUUCGUCUGGAACAUGCUCGUCCUGGUCACAAUUCUCAGAGUCAGGACCUUCCACCGCGUGCCCCACAAUUUGGUGGCCUCCAUGGCCAUAUCUGAUGUGAUGGUGGCUGCUCUGGUGAUGCCUCUCAGCCUGGUGCACGAGCUCAACGGUCGACGCUGGAAGUUGGGCCGAGCUCUGUGCCAGGUCUGGAUAUCUUUUGACGUCCUGUGUUGUACGGCCAGCAUUUGGAACGUGACCGCAAUAGCGCUUGACCGCUACUGGUCCAUAACCCGGCACCUGGAGUACACCCUGAAGACCCGCAAGAAGAUCUCCAACGUGAUGAUCGGCCUGACCUGGCUGCUCUCUUCCGUUAUUUCCCUCUCCCCGCUGUUUGGCUGGGGUGAGACAUAUUCGGAAGAGGACAUGGAGUGCCAGGUGAGCCAGGAGCCAUCAUACACCGUCUUUUCCACAUUUGGGGCCUUCUAUCUGCCUCUCUGUGUUGUUCUGUUUGUCUACUGGAAGAUAUACAAAGCUGCUAAGUUCCGUAUCGGAGCUAAGAAGACCAACACCAUCACUCCAGCUGCAGAGGCUGGGGAGGUAAAAGAAGCCUCUAGGCAACAGCCUCAGAUGGUGUUCACCGUGCGUCACGCCACAGUGACCUUCCAGACCGACAGUGAGACGUGGCGAGAACAAAAAGAGAAGCGAGCAGCUCUUAUGGUUGGCAUCCUAAUCGGAGUGUUCGUCCUCUGCUGGAUCCCAUUCUUCCUGACUGAACUCAUCACACCGCUGUGUUCCUGCAACAUUCCGCCAAUAUGGAAGAGCGUCUUCCUCUGGCUGGGUUACUCUAAUUCAUUCUUCAACCCUCUCAUUUACACAGCCUUCAAUAAAAACUAUAAUAAUGCUUUUAGGAAUCUCUUCUCACGACCGCGCUAAGCCCCAGCGCCCGAGAGAUAGCGGACAGCUCAGCUUCUCCACAAAUGUCAUUUUUAAAUCACUCUUAGGAUUUGGGAAGUGCGUUAUCUGAAUGCUUCAGGAAUCAAAAGUUCACAGUGGAAAACACAAAGGCUGAACGAUGUCUGACUAUUUUAGUGGCAAGCAAAGGGAUGAUUUGAUCCAGAGUUUUCAAAAUGUCAGUCUGUCCUUUGCAUUAAAUCAAACUGUUAACUGCU